UUUUUAAGGGAUUUAUAUAUAGAAUUAACACGUCAUUUGGAUAUGAUAGGACUGGAUCAACAUGAAAAAUUGAACAAAUUAUGGCUGAAAAAACACAAUAAGCGAAUCUUUGUAACUUGGAUAAAAAAAUUACUGAAGGAUGAAUUAUUUAGAGAAAUUGAGAUGGUAAAAAAUGUUGAUCGAAAAGGGAAGAAAAUUAAGGAUAGUAAUAAUACUUAUAUGGAGGAACAAGUAAAAGAAAUUAAUUAUUUUUUGGAUAGAUUGAAAGAGGGUAAUUAA